UUGUUGCGUAAAUAAAAUAUUUAUUCAGGCAGCAGUUCUAACGCAAAAUAAUGGCCACCUUGGCUAGAUUAUUUAACCGAUUAUCGCUGUCGUCUGUACCCAAAAACAUCCGUUGCACAACUGUUCGUUCCAUAUCGCUGGAAAGUUUGGAAACAUUAUUGAACAAACCGAAGCCGGGCGGAGGAAAAUCGUACCGGCGUAUCGUUCACUAUCCCGAGGAGUACACGAUUGAACCACUGCGCGUCACAAACCUAGCCGGUCGAGAUCCAGCAACGGGACGUCUGGUAGCUAAAGGUAUCGGUGGUGGUAUCAAGCACAAAUAUCACUGGAUAAAGUGGGUCCGAGAUGGACCCAGCGAAGGACCUCCUCAGAUUGAAAAAGUCAUCGAUGUCUUUGAUGAUGGUUGUCGUACCGCAAAGGUGGCACUAGUAGCAGUUGGAAAUGAGAUGAAAUAUAUUCUCGCGACAGAGAAUAUGAAGGCCGGAGAUUUAUUAAAAACCUCACGCUUCAUACCUCGAAUACCCGUUCGCGCCAAUGAAGGAGAUGCCUAUCCUUUAGGUGCUCUACAAGUUGGCACCCAAGUCCAUUGUCUCGAGAAGUAUCCGGGACAAUAUUGUCAUCUUAUUCAUGCAGCUGGCUCGUAUGGAACGAUUCUACGUAAAUUCGGUGAGCUGGUCGUUGUACAGCUUCCUUCCAAACAAGAAUUUGCCUUUCAGCAAAUAUGCAUGGCUACUGUAGGACGCGUUUCCAAUGUUGCGCACAGUAAAACUCCAAUAGGAUCCGCCCAGAAAAAUCGAGAAUUGGGCAAUCGACCGCGGUCAGGUCUGUGGCAACGCAAAGAUGGGCGACACGGUCGAAAAGUGCGUCGUUUACCCCCGAUGCGUGUCAUUUCUCCUCCAACUGCAAAGCCCGCUGAGCCCCUUAAGUUAUCGAUAAAACUGUGAACAAGAAUGUUACUAUAGUAUAUAUGUGUGAACAUUAUCAAUCGAUAACAAGCCGUAGUGUAAAACAACGUGUUAUGGUUUAUCAUUGGUUUAAUGGUUCAGCCUAUUCGCAUUCAAUAAACUACCACUUGUCCAUAACACUUUAACAAAGAAAUAUUACCUCUAAGCCUCAGGGAACACAAUUCGGUAAACAUCUGCGUAGGUGCUAGCAUAAUGUACUUCUAACCCUUCCGUAAUGAAGCUGGGCAAGUCAGUGAAGUCUUUCUUAUUCUCCUCCGGUAAAAUUAUGCAUCUAACACCGCUCCGCUUGGCUGCUAUCGUUUUCUCUUUGAUUCCUCCGACGGGUAACACUUUUCCCAUCAGGGAAACUUCCCCGGUCAUUGCUACAUUCUGUCGAAUGGGUUGACCUUUGGCCAGUGAAAGCAAUGCACUAACGAUCGUCACACCUGCGCUAGGUCCAUCCUUCGGUGUAGCUCCUUCAGGGACAUGUAGGUGAAUGUGACUAGAUUCCAAGAAGUUAUUAGAGGGAUCCGAUUGUUUUAUAAAAUUCCGUGCCACAGUAAGCGAUAUUCGAGCGGAUUCCUUCAUCACAUCACCCAGAUGACCAGUG